AUGGUGAAUCAGACUUCAGGCAAUAAGGAACUGCAGUUGGAUUCCCCUUCAUGGCAACAAGAGAGAGCUGCUGACAUCAGAAAAAUUAUUUCCUUUCUUUCACACAAAGAUGUAAAGCAAAAUGGAAAGCUUUUAAUAGUGUUUCUUUUGCUUUCCACAUUGGAAGAUUCAGCAGAUCCCCUUACUGGAACUUUUAUGACAUUUUACAAGAAUUAAAGGGACUGUUCAGACAUGGUCUGAAUUUGCGUUGGUGUGAGUACAUACCAGCAAUGGAAAGAUCUUCUGCACGCUAGAGGUGUCAGUGAGGAAGUACUCUCAAAGAAAUGUGUGUCUAAUGUAAAGCUGGAAAUGGAAAAUGGUACCACCAUAAAACUACCAUCACAUAUGUGGUCUUCUGAAAGACUUCUGCCCUCUGUUGGUUAUUCUACUGUUCUUCUCCCAAAGAAAAAGACUCAGGCAGCACUAGAAAUACUUUGUGGAAAUGAAUGCAAUGGCACAGGAAUACAGAGCAAUGAAGAUAAAUUUUAAAAUUUCCUGAGAGUGGAAGAAGAGUUUUAUCGAGGUGGUAAAGUAUCAUGGUGGGAUUUCUACUUUUAUUCUGAAAACUAGACUUCAGAAUUUAUCAGAAGGGAUGGUUAUGAAAAGCUUGAAGACCUAAUUCUGUCUUCAUCAAAGGUGGUGUUAAUCAACCACUUAAAAAUUAUCAACCUCUACCACCACCCAGGGUGUGGCGGUACAAAGUUAUCUAUGUAUAUCCUUUGGAAUUUCCAGAAGCAAUUCAGAUGUGCUGUUCUGAAAAGCAAACCAAGUGAUUUUGGAACACAGGUGACAACUUUACUCACCUUUGGAACAAAUGAUGACACAGGCUAUUUACCAGUAUUACUUCUUGUGGAUGAUUUUGAAGAGCAAGAAAAUAUCGAUAUUCUGAAGAAAAAAAUUCAGACAACUAUAAUAGAAAAAUGUCUUCGGUAUGGAAAACCUGUAGUGAUCAUUCUAAACUGUAUGAGAUCUCAGAAGCCUGAUUAAAGUUUGUCAAUCAAUUCCUUGAACAGUGUUUCUAUAAAACAUGUGCUUUCUGAAAAAGAGCAAAGGGCCUUUGAUUAGAAACUAGAAGAUAUUGAAAUGCAUUCAAAUCCUAAAAACUUCUAUUCAUUUGUGAUUAUGAAGAAAAACUUUGAUCCACAGUAUAUAGAAAAAAUGGUAAAAAAUACCUUGCAUAACUUGGAUACUGCCUCUAAACCAGCACAACUUGUUUGUUAUCUGAUACUGUAAACUCAUUUGUAAAAAAAAUCUACAAUUUCAGUAUCAGUUUGUGAAGAAUUCUUAGGAAAAAAUUCUCAAGACGUAGGCUUCAAUAAAGAUAAAUUAAUAGAAAAGAUGGGAAUUUGUUCCAAUAGUCUAGUAUCUGAUCAGGUACAUGAACACACAAGAUACAAAGGUCUUCGUGUCAUUCAUCCAUUGAUACCAUCUCACUGCCUAACAGAAUUGAAACUAACCUAUGGCUUGACUAAAAGUGCAAUUAUGUUAAAGUUAUUGAAAGAAGAUUCGUUUUAUAAGACUUCAUUAAAGCAAGACAAACUUAUUUGUGACGAUAGACAAACCCUGCUGUUUACUAGGCAGCUCAAGGAACAUGGUGAUGAGUCAAACACAUUGUUUUCCCCCUUAACUGAAGUCAUUCAUAAGGAAGAAAAGAGUGGUGAUGUGGAAUAUGUGCUAGAACAAGCAUCCUUUAGAUUUGAGCAAAAUGGUGACAUUUGCCAGGCCUUAGCAAGAUUUUACAUUAAAGAAAAGAAAUAUGACUCUGCAUUAAACUGGGCCAAAGCAGCUUAAAAAAGAGCACCACACAAUUCAUACAUAUCAGAUACACAAGGUCAAGUCUUUAAAAGUCAGCUAAAAGACUGGGUAGAGUGCAAAGAAAAGAGUGCAGCUCAGACAGCUGGGAAACUGGAACACUUGCUAGAGCUUGCUAACAAUGCUUCACAGGCUUUCCAAGAAUCGAGGCAAGCAGAGAAUGCAGUCAAUGAACAAGAUUUCCAGCACCAAAAUCUUAAAAGAAAGUUUCCAAUGUAUGAUACUGCUGGUUAUCUGGGAGAAAUAGAAACUGGCCUUUAUGUUAUUGAUGUCCUUUGGCAUGUUCCUAUUUUCAGCAGAGAAGACUUACAGUGUAGAAAAAAUAGGACAAAGUAUCUGUCUGAAAAAAAAAGUGUUUUGAAUUUAAAAAACCCCAACACAGACAGUGAAAUGUUCAAGGUUGUUGAACAUUAUUCCAGCUUUUUACAUAUUUUGCAAUCAAGGUUGAAAAGGGCAUUUGACUUUUUGGAAGAUUACCUUGUAUUUUUCAAACCACAGACCAGAGAAAAGGAAAUUGUAGAAGCAAAACUGGAGAGUAAGGCAGGGUGGGGGCGGGAGGAGCGGGCUGGGGGACGAGUGCGAGCUCCUUCUGCGCCAAGGUGCAGCCCGGCGGCGGCGGCAGGAGGAUGCGAGCCGAGGGCGGCCGAGCCGCGGAGCAGCUACCUGUGUGGCCCGGGCGGCCGCUGCCGGGACCUGCCGGAGACAUCGCCAUGUGAAGGGGCAGACCCCAGGCCGGCUCUCCACCCCGCCUCGCUCAGUGGGAGGUUUGUGUUAGGGAGGACUCACCCCCUCCCUCCCCCCCCCACCCACCCCCCGGGGCUGAGGAUUAUUUGGGGAACUGGUGGCGGUGCAGGCGACCGUGGCGCACACCAGGUAACGCGGGGCGCCCAUGUGCUCCGCGCACCCGGCUCCGCGGCGUGGCCCACACGCCGCCCCCUCCCUGCCCGGCCCGGGAGCCCACGCCGCGCACCCCCCACCCGCGGGCGGCACCGCGGACGAGUCCCUUGGGUGGCCAGGCCGGGGCAGCGCAACCCGCGGUGCCGCCGCAGCCCCCUGGGGGUCGGCGCGGGGGCGCAGAGGGGACCGCGGGGGAGGGAGGGCCCUCCGGCGGAGCCGCCGGGGGGGUCCCCUCGUUGUCCCGCCGCGCAGCCGAGCCGGGCCGCCCCCACGCCCCGUCCGCUGAGAGGAAACGCGGGGACGCGGCUCCCCGCGUGUCCCCCGCCGCCACCCCCCGCCGCCUACGGGGCGCCCGCGGAGGGGAGCUCGGCGGCCCAGUGCGGGCAGCGGGGGCCGGGGGCAGCCCCGGUGCCCCGCCGUGCCCGGGGAGGGCGAGCACGGGUAAGUUUCCACGCGGCCGCGCCGGGGCACAGGCCCGCCGGCUCCGCCGCCACGCACGCGCGGCGCCGCUGCCCGCCGCCGGGGGGCGCCCUGCGAGCGGCGCGGGCCGGGGGGCGCGGGGGCCCCGCGCGGGGACCGGGGCGGGCGGGGAACCCCCCGGGGCGGGAGCGGGCGGGGAUCCCCCAGCACCGCGGGGAUCGGGGGCGGGCGGGCGACCCCCGGCGCUCGGGGGCGGGCAGGGGUCCCCCCGCGGUCGGUGUCGCCCGGUGA